AUGCUACACUCUCCCUUUACUAAGUUAUCUAAAACACCUGUGUUCUACAAAAAAAUCAGAACUUCUAACACUUAUGAAAAAACUAGUUUAAGCUCAGGCUCUUCUAAGAGCUUAUCAGAACAAACUAAAGCUCAAGUUUUAAAUAACCAAGAACCAAAAGCUUUAUUAACACAAAAAGCACAAGAAGCACAUAUAGUAACAGACUUAAAAGUCAGCAAAGCACUAAACAAAGAAAAUACUGAUUCUGUAAAAAAUGAUGAUGCUUUGUUUACAUCUGCUAACAACAUGUACACAAAGCACCAAACCUUCGAGUUAGAAGACUUUAAUAAUGUAGAUGCUAACAAAGUUAAUGAGCAAAUCUUAGCAGAUACGAAUCUGGAUAGUCAUAUCAAUAUAGAUCAGCCUCAGAUUAAAACUAAGACAGCUAAAAAAGAACCAACUGAAGAUACUCCAAAGGAACUAACCAAUUUCUUAAUAGAAAAUUAUUUUAUAGAUACCAACAUAAUAGUAGAUCCGCUGAUCACCCUCUAUAAUAACUCCAAGGUUGAUAAAUCCUCUCUUAUCAGCAAUGAUAACAAUGAAUUCCAAUUGUUAUGA